UGGAAAAAAGCGAUGGCAAAGCGGUCUUUGGUCAGUCCUCUCCAUCUGGAUGUAAUGGACAGGAGGAAAGGUAAAGGAUGGAACCAUCGCUGGCCGCCGGCCCUUCUUUGGGUGGUGGUAUUGACGGUCUUUUUUCUGUCAUACGUGAUGGUUCGCAUUCAUGUCAGCCCCUUUAUCGAUCGCCACUAUGAUUGGGAAGGGGUCGGAGGGGAAGAUGGUGCGGUGGCUAUGGGUGAAGAAUCUCCUGGAGGGCAAGAAGAUGAUGUGGUGGAAGAAACUCCUGAAGCUACGGGACAAGAAACUCCGACUCAAGAGUCUCCUGAAGCAGGACAAGAACCACCGGGGGGAGGAACUGCUGGAGGACAAGAAGCUGUGGGCGAAGGGCGUCGUAGAGUUUCUAGAGAAGAAUCGAAAUUGGGAUACUCUCCCUCUCAUCAUAAAGAUGAUGAUGAUGAUGGUGAUGAUGGCGAUGGCGAUGAUGGUGAUAAUGAUGUUCGGCGAGAUUCGCUGACGAGAGGAAAGACGGAUCCGAACAAUCAGCCUUCAGAAGUUGUCUCUGAUGAGGACCUGUCAAAAGGGGGAGACGAUAUGGCUAAAGGACGAGAUAUCAUAAUCGAGCGUAGGAGGAUGAAAGAGGAGGUUGUGGAGGAGGAGAGAAGGGGGGGGGAGGAGGAGGAGGGCAAAAAGGAGGAGGAGGAGGAGGAGAGGGAACGGAAGGAGGACAAAAGGCACCAUACUAGGGUCAUUGAUCCGGUGUUUGGUGAAAGACGACUGCUGAGAAGUUAUGAAGACUUGGUGGCGUACUCGAAAGAGAAUGGAUGGCUUGACAACUCGUCAUCCUCUGCAACGAAAGGAGAUGGAAUCGAGUUGAAGGACCUAUCACUCACCCCUGAGGAGCUUGGUUGGGCAAACGAUCCUCCCUCUUAUCGAUGGAAGGAUGCAUCGGGCGUUUUCCACCUUCAGGAGCUGGCGAUGUGCUUGUUAUGUGGCAGCGAAACACUCUAUAGACUAAGUAUGAGGGAUGAUCUGGUCUGCAGGAACAGCGAACCGCGGUCGUUCCUAUUCUGCACAGGAUGGAACCCAACGGAGAGCCAAUGCUACGCGAACUCGGACUUGGCCAAAAAGGAGGCGAACAGAACUGGGGGAUACUAUAAAAGGAGAAUGGGUGCGAAAUCUCACAAUCCAUUCAUUGCAACCUUUCGAGGGAGUGUGUAUGUUUCAUUGAACGGGCAAGUGUACACGGAUGAAUACGUGUUCGAUCCAAGAGGCACAUGCCCGCGAGCGCCUUUUCCCCCCAUCAAGCCAGAGUCCGCUCGGGCUCAAAAUCACCACAAGAAGGUGUAUGUGGUGGACCAUAUAUGGCCAGGAUUUCACCACGACCUGUCGGAGAUGGCCCCCCAAAUUAUGCCCUUUUAUGACGAGCUUCUGGCCGACCCCUCCAUCGUGAUCCACACAACAAGCUUAAUGUCUUUCGUUACAGGCGUUGGCAUUGGCAUGCCAUCCACACCCUCCCAGGAUAUCAUCGAGGAGCUCGGAAUCAAUAGAAGUCGACUCAUUGCAGGUGAUGUCCACGCCGAUGAGGUUGUUGUCGCCGACACGCCCUGCGGUAUACCUGAAUGGCUGUACAAAGUUUAUGCGACCCGGCUGGGCAAAGUGAUGCGGGAGCGCGCUCUUGACUCUGAGACUCCCCCUGUUCCAACCAACCGCACUCAUUCGACUCUGACGGCAAUCGUUAGGGCCAAAAAGGAGGCACAGGACAUGAUGGAGAUUCCCCGUGACGCCCUUGAGACACAACUGAGGAGUGAGAAGAGUAACUUGAGUAAGAGUGACAAUGACGGUGACAACGAUGCGGCAGUUGCGUCGUCAUCAACAUAUCGUGGUGGUAAUAAGGCGGAAGAGCAAAACACGGCAACCGGAAAAGGAACGAUGCUCGUAAUACGCCGCUCCCAGAAGCGGUUCGUCGAUAACCACGACGAACUGAUGUCGGCUCUUACAGACGCCUUCGGAAACCAUCCGACCCUUAAGCUGGAGGUGUAUGAUGAGAGACUUGUCACUGGUCAGCGGGCGAUAUGGCAGCAGUUUGCGAAAGCGGACAUAGUCAUCGCUCCUCACGGUGCCGGCUUGACGAACAUGUUGGUGAUGAAGAGAGGUGGGGUGGUGUACGAGUUCUUGCAGCCGAUCGGUGCAAAGAUCGAUCCCGCGCAUCUAAACUGCUGCCUGAGGGACUUGGCACUCACUCUUGGCUUGGAUUAUUUCUCAGAUUUCCCUGUCAAAUGGCAAGACCCUUACGUCGAUUUCGACAUGGACCAGGAGCGAUGGAUCAGUUACCCCUCGCACAUGACCGUCAACGUGUCCAGAGCGGUGGCGUUCCUUAACAAGGCACUGCACGACAAGGGAUGGCUGUGAGCACACACACCUCUUGACCUGUUGACAUGACUCGCGUGACACCUCCAUCCCAGGACCGCUACAGUUUUGCCUA